UUUAAAGAUUUUUGGUUUGCAUAAAAACAUUAACUAACACUUUUAUUUCUGAUAGAUCAUCAGUAGAUGACAAUGAAUACAGAAUGUAAAAUUUUUCAUAUGGAUACUUCGACAUCUAUAACCCCUAAGGGUUAUAUUUAAAGGUGAAUAGGGAUUAUCCAACCAGUGGUUCAUUUCUGAUUGUUUUUUAUCACUUAACGUUAUGUCAUGUCAAGUCAUGUGACUGUAAUUGUCUUACAUCAUAGAUUAAGAAUAAUAGCAAGUCAUAUCCUUGCAAUGAAUUUACUUUUUAUUAUUCUAUUUCUAGCGAUUGACCAAUUUUAUGUGAAUUAAAUGAAAGUGUAGAGGGACUCUGAGGACUAGACUGUACUUAUCCAUUUAGAUCAGUCACUAGGUUUGUUACCACAAGUGCCAGAAAAGAACUCAGAGUCCCAAGUAAUGUUAAACAAAUCGAGAUAUUGUUUAACGUAAUUCACCUAGAUUUUGUAUAACAAGCAUUCAAAAGAAAAUUUGAAAUGUAACAAUAUUUUAACUAUAAUGUGAAAUAGUAGAUUUAUUUCUAAAAUGACUGGUCUCGUGAAAGCGGAAGCGUUAUUCCGAUGUCUAGUAUUAGGAUCUCCGCGGAGCGACCCUCGUCAACGUUAUCGAAAUAUGUAAUGACGAACGAGGUCAAUGCAUGUACAUUAACAAAAAAUAAAUAUAGUUAUGACUAUCUUACUGCAGCCCCGGAUUCUAAUUCCCACGUAGUACGGGUAUACGUGUAAUUAACUAUUAAAAUCUCGGGUAAGUUCAUGCAAAAGUAAAUUAAUUUAUUUUUUCAUUGAGAACGUUUUUCAUGUUACAAGAUUGUCAAAUUCUGGAAUAUCAUCAUUGGCUUACCAGUCAUCCUGUGUAAGAAUUAUAAAGAUAAAGUUAUCUUGGUUAAUUGAUUUGUUCUUCACGAGCGUCACCCGCCGAUGAUGUCUCGUUCUGGGGUGGGGGAGGCAGGUACUAUAAACAUGGUCUUAUUGGAAGUAAUUUAAAAACUAUUUUACACUUUUCGAUUAUCUAGGGGGGACAGCUGCCCUCCCCCUCUGUUCUUCUGACGACGCCCAUGUUGUUAUUAUCUUUUUUUAUCGAAAUAUUGUAGACAUAUAAAUUAACAGUCGAUUUGACCACCUUUUGUAUAUCUUCCGCCAUGUUUACAAUAGCUGUGGUAUUCGUACUUUGUGUUGCUGUGUACCUUUACAGCAUAAGAACAUUCAAGUAUUGGGAAACAAAAGGAAUCAAGCAUGACAAACCAAUACCAUUUUUCGGAAACAAUUUGCCGAUGUAUUUAUGGAAGAAAAGUAUUGCACAGAUUGCUACAGAAUUGAAAUACCCAAAUGAGAAAGUCGUUGGUUUUUAUCGAGCAAUGCGUCCGGAACUUUUGAUAAGAGAUCCAGAAAUAGUAAAGCGAGUUCUCGUUACUGAUUUCGGUAAUUUCCACAUGAGAGGAAUCAUCACACACAGAACAGUUGUGGAGCCUUUAGCAAAAAAUCUUUUUCUUGCUGAUGGCGACAUUUGGAAGUUAUUGAGGCAACGUAUGACGCCCGCGUUCACCAGCGGUAAAUUGAAGGCGAUGUUCCCUCUUAUUGUGGAACGCGCCGAGCGCCUGCAGAGCCACGUUAUCAAUGCACCAACAACUGGACGCGUUUUAGACUCUCGGGAAAUGAUGGCACGGUAUACUACUGAUUUCAUCGGUGCUUGCGGGUUUGGUCUGGAGAUGGAUUCUCUUAGUGUAGAAGAUUCCGUUUUUAGAAAACUUGGAACAGACAUUUUUAAAUUUGACUUGAAUCAAAUCGUUAAAUUUAUGCUCAGGGAUAUGUUUCCUAAUAUGUGCAAAAACAUUAGAGUAUUUAAGAAAAUAGAAAGCGAUAUGAACUCACUCGUAGGCAGUAUACUGAAGAGAAGAAAUUAUGAACCUUGUGGUAGGAAUGACUUUGUCGAUUUGCUUCUCGAUUGUAAGAAAAAAGGAAAGCUAGUAGGAUCAUCCAUAGAAAAGAUAAAAACAGAUGGUACACCUGAAGAAGUAUCUAUGGAAUUGACUGAAGAACUUAUGACAGCUCAAAUAUUUAUAUUUUUCGCUGCGGGUUUCGAAACAUCAUCAUCUUCUACGAGCUUUACGCUGCAUGAACUCGCCCAUAACCCUGAGGAGCAACGUAAGGUGCAAGAAGAAAUUGAUAAAGUUUUAACAAAGUACGAUAACAAGCUCUCUUAUGAUGCCAUAAAGGAAAUGACUUAUCUACAUUGCGCUUUCAAAGAAGGUAUUCGAAUGUUCCCGUCGUUGGGACAGUUAACAAGAAAUUGUGUUCGUAAAUACACAUUUCCGGAAAUGGAUCUUACAAUUGACGAUGGAGUAUCAAUUUCAAUACCAGUACAUGCGUUGCAUAUGGAUCCGCUGUACUUUGAGGAGCCAGAAAAAUUCAAGCCAAAGCGCUUCUUAACCGAUUUCAUCAAUCCAAUGACAAAACACAUUUAUUUACCGUUUGGAGAAGGUCCUCGUGCGUGUAUUGGCGAGAGACUCGGUCUGAUGCAGUCUCUGGCGGGUCUGGCAGCGGUGCUGUCGCGCUACUCGGUUGAACCCGCGCCGGAAACUGUGCGCCAUCCAAAGGUUGAUCCCUCUUCCAAUUUAGUGCAAAGUUUCUUAGGAGGCUUGCCUUUGUUAUUUAAGUUAAGAAUUAAGUAAGUACAAGAUAAGGUUUGUUGUUUUAACGUUUCCUCAAAAAAUGCAA